AAGCCUUAAGUCAAAUGCAUUGCAAAACACUGUUAGUUUUUGCAAGAUUUUGGGUGAUUAAAGAAUUGAAUAGAGGAAAGAUAAUCCUCAGAAAAGGGCAUCAAAGCUGGUAGGUAGCGUGAAAGAUCGGCAAUUUCCGGAACAUCUGUGUGCUAAACUGAACCACCAAAGCUCUAUCGCUGGCCUCCUAGACAAGAAAUACAAUAGCUAUGCUGACAGCGAUUCGGAGAAUCAACACGGUGGCAGAAGAAACUGUGCGCCUCACCAGAUUUGCUCUUCAUGCCCCAAAAUGCGUAGAGGUGGAAUUUGCGGAUGGUAGAGCAUUCAAGUUGUCUGCUGAAUUUCUCAGAAUAAAUAGCCCUGCAGUUGAUGGAAAAAUCAGGUCAAUUGGUGGUGAAAAGGUGAUAUCUGGGAGACGCCUUGUCGGAAUUAUGUCUGCUGAACCAGUCGGAAACUAUGGGGUAAGGCUCAAUUUUGAUGACUUGCAUAAAACCGGUAUUUAUUCCUGGGAUUAUUUCUAUCAUCUAGGAAGCAACAGGUUUACCCUGAUGAGAAACUACAUCAAAACACUGAAGAAAUACGGGCUUAGUCGGGAUCCACGAGGAAGAAAAUGAUGCAGGCUUCAGUUUAAUUACCCAGAACUAGUUUGAGUCUUGAGAUGUGAUUACCCAGAACAACAUGAUCCUCUGGUAGCUUCAUUUGUUGAAGCUGAAAUCUGUAAUAUUGAAAAUUUUAUGUUGAAUGGAAUUUGAAAUAUGGGCAUCAAUCGAAAAGUCUCCAUUUAGAAGAGAUAGGGAAAAUAAAAUAAAGGAUCCCUUUGCAUCA